AUUAGCUUUGAUGGAAAAAUAGUAUUUCACAUAAAGAUGAAGAUACGAAAAUUAACAUUCGUCUUUUUAAUGGUAACAGUUCACGAUAUUAUGAGUAGACAGCGCUGGGUGGAUAGGUUUCCAGGUGCAAUGGGCGAUAGUCUUGGAGAAGAAACGUCUUAUAGUCUUGGCGGAGAGAACAGUGGAAGCCGAAUUGAAUCAGUAGUAGAGGCACUUCGCAAAGUUGCAGAUGUUGAACGACAGCUACAUGAAAACAAAGGCUGUAACAAGGUUGAUCUGUUGAAUAUAACAUUCGACGAACGACGAUGGAAAAAAGAGGCGCUUUUGACCGUGCAAGUGGCUAACUUGCUGACUUCGUUAUGGCGCGCUGCCGGAGAUAAUGGUUAUCCUGUAGCCGCAAACGAUGCUCUGCUUUACCAUUACGUCCGCUCAAUCGUGUUAUUUUCGCCUUCUGUGUUUGGAUCAGUGAUCUGCUUUGACAACAAUUUGUACAAAAACUACACACGAUUUUGCCCGUACGCCUUUCGAGAUUCGGACCUAAACGGGAGUGUUCAUGUGUUUGAUAUAGCCAAUGGGGAUUAUGACUAUACCACUGAUCCAAACGCAAUCUGGUGGCACAAACCCAAAAACAAGGCUCUCACCUUCAAACCCGCAAAAUCCUCCAGCAUGUACGAGGAGCGUUUCAACGCAACCGCGAAAAAGGCGAAAAAGACAGUGGUAGUUCCUCAUGUAACGUUUGAAAAUGGAACCUGGACUCGACCUUAUUUCGACUGCUUUGGAGGCAAGGUUUGGAUGGUCACAUAUCUCGCGCCAUUUUUUAAUGAAACAGAUGAAUUUCUGUAAGUAUCAGUAUUUCCUGUUGAAUUCUGCUGAGUGUUUUAGUUAGAUGCCUUCUGAUUUUAUUGCGUAAAAUUCAGCAGUGAAAAAUAAACAGAAGAAAGGGAAAGUAAUUAAAGGUUUCGUUGCCAGGUAUAAUAUUAUUUAUGAUGACAAUUAAAUCUAUUCUAGUGCGACUGUUUUAUUGCGAUUGCAGAUAAUUCACCCAUCACAACAAGAACUACUCUAAAAGUACAAUCGGUCAGGCGUUUACUUUUCUUUUUUAAUUCAAAAAGUGGAAUUCUCCGCUUGUCUGCUUAAACUGAACUGUAAAUGUAAAUUUUAACUUGUUAUUUUUAAUAUUGACAUGCGUCUAACAAGUUAAAUAGUCAGAUAUAUUUUGCAUAAUUUGCUUUCAUAAGGAUUACACCCGAUUAAUUUCGUUCUGUUCUGCUGAAGUUUGGAUUAUCUGCUUCAAUAUAGUUACGACUGCAUUUUUUUCCGUAAGAAGACGUCAUUUUAGGAACAUUUUGGCACAAAUUUCUCGUAGCACAGAGGGUGGAAUUCUGAAAGAAGCCCCUCCUGUACUAUACUCUAAAGUCUCCUACAUCCUUUAUCUUACUGUAUUCUAUGCCUAAAUGAUCAGAUAAGAUCUGCACCCAGUAAGUGACUCCAUCGCAUUUCUUGAUUCCAUUACUACCAUUAAAGUUAAGUAACCACGAUAGCACGAAAACAAGGAAUAUGCUAUCUUCAAAAGAAUCGAACAAAAUCGUACGAGGAGAACCUCAGAAUUAUUAAAAGACUAGUAAUAAUUGCAAAUUAGGGGAGUGCGUUCGAUGGGGAGGGGGAGGGUGGUGGGUAGUUCGUGGUAGUACCAAAAUCGUACGAAGAGAACCUCGGAAUUCUUAAAAGAAAAUCGUUUAAAUAAAACACUACUUAAAUGGACGAAUGAGACUGAUUAGCAUUUUCUUUAAGAAUUUCAUUUGUAACACCCAGUGACAUGCUCAACUGCGCCACCUGCAUCAUCAUCAUAUAAUAAUAACAAUGUAUUUAUAUAGCGCUUAUUCCUUAAGAGUCCGCAAGCGCUUCACAUUAAUAAAAAAAAUUGAAAAUAUCCCUAAAAAAUAAAAUAUAACUUAAAUAAAAUCUCAAAAUCUUGGGACCAAUCUCUAACGUAGUUACGUUCAUAAAAAGGUUUCUUUUCAUCAGGAUAUUUCAUCUGCAUCAUUUUUUUUUUUUUUUUCAAAAAGGAAAAAAAAAACUUAUACCUGUUUAUACAGCAGUAAAUUUCCAAUAGGCUUUUUAGAGUUUGUAAAAACCAUUUUUUUUUUUUAUCAAAAUGUUGAAGCGGCUUUUAAUUAAAAGCUUGAUAAGAUCCGAAAAACUGACAUCUCAUAAGUGCAUGCCUAAUUAUUUAGCUUUAUGGACGAAAGGUAGGUGUUCUUGUUAAAGUAAAACUCAUAUAACCAUCCAAUUGUCAUCAAGAGGUAGUAAAGGACCGUACACUGUUCUUUCCACUUUGUUGAUAGGCAAAAUUAGCGAACUAACGAAAGAAAAAAAGAAAGAAAUGUCUCGGAUAAUGUAGCGAACUACUCUAUAUACGCAUUAGAUAAAAUGGAAACACCGAUAAUGUUCAAACCAUAAAGUCAACAGUAGGAUUAAAACAAAGUAUAUGCAUCUUUCCAACCUCGCAUUUGAAGUUAUCACAUUACUUAUUACUUUUCAGUUAUCUGAAUAGGUGUUAUUUCGGAGAAAACAGGUGCUUUUCCUUCAGCUUUGUCAAGUUGUAAAUGAUGGUCAACAGAAUUAAAGUUAUCACUGUGGAGAUCCUACGCAUCCUAGGAUCGAAUUUUACUAGCAGCUGCGCUCUCCAUUAGCUGCCCAGCAGUACAUCUUUUCUCAUUAAUAUCACUGCAAAUUUAAAAGGCCUGUUUUAGCCCGAAUUCAUUGGGUGUCGUUGUCGAGUAAACUGCAGAGUACACCGUUGGGGUUAUUGGUUCAUAGUAAUUUCGACCUUAAAAUGAAGCUGAUUUGGACCCAUUGGUCUAAAUACGUUCCAGAAUGGGAUGAGACAGUUAGUUUUUACAAGAGCUUUUUGGCUCAAAUCGAAUUCAAAUGACUCACUCAGCGAGAGGCAGUGAAUCAGAGGCCUUAGGUCCGUAAGUGCUAAGGUGGCAUUUCUGGCUUUAAGGCUUUAAGCAGUAACAUUGUCUCAACCCUUUAAAGGACUAAUCACACUUUUCCUUCUUUGUCCAGUGGUGUGGUCAGCAUUGAUGUGGUUCUUAGUGAUAUCGACAUCAACCAAUGUGAUAACCAAUACACCUCUGAACAACGAGACAAAGAGAAUUUAAUAGAGUUUAUGGGAACUCAUUUGUGCAAGCCAUCAACAAAGGCAAGAGCAUGUGAAUAAAGACAUUUGAAAAUACAUUUGAUCAAUCAAUCCCUAAACGGCGUAUUUUUAAAAUGGAAAAGCAAAAACACAUACGGUAGAGCUGACUAAACGUCAUUUCUUUAGGGGAAUCCAAGAUACUUGAUGAUUUUAGAUUGGUUAAAAUUACGUCGGGAGAGACGAAAAAUCCAAAAACACCCUUCUAGGCGAGAUUCAGCGGGGAAGCGAAUCCGUGCAGUAGGGAACAUACGAUUCAUCAACCUUGAAAUCAGGUUUUAGAUUCAAUCUGAUAAAUCCUUUCGGAGUUUGGUUUCUUGAGAUUCAAAACACAUUUUGUGGACUUCCCUUCAAGAGUCCACACAAAAAAUUAUAAAUAGGUGCCAAGGUUGUUCAUAGGCCAAUACAUACCAUAUUAACAUAUUAAAAUAUUCACCCAUUUAUGGCAUAAAUUCGAGACAAUUCGAAAUAAAAUUGGUCUCUUUAACCUUUUUUACCUUUAAAAAAAAUAUAUAUAUAUAAGAUAUUUAGAAAACUAUACGAGGAAGACUUAUCAUGAUUAUACCAUCGAUCGUAUUCUGCAGGUCUAGCCAGUGCGAAAAAAAUCUCUCCAAAUUACUUUCAGAUUUUAGAAGCAUUGGAUUCAUGUUAGUUUGUUUUCUUACUCUCCGAUACAGUGUGAGACGGUUAUUAACCAAGGAUUCAAGAGGGGAAGCUAUGUUUGCACAUGCAAACGUGGCUUCUACUUCCCAGACACACUUGCUCCAGAAAAAGCAUUCAAGGGCUCUGUUAUUGAACGUGAACAUGAUCGGAUGCUCCGAGGAGAACCGAACGCCUACGAAAAUAGCUUCGACUGCCGUCGGUGCAGUGAGGGAUGUGACGAGUGUGUUGAUGGCAGUCCAUGUAUUUACACUUUGAAGAUAGUGAUCCGACUGUUACUGUGCUGUCUAAAUGGUGCUGUUAUGGUUUUGACGAUAGUGUUUGCUGUGUACGUGGCUCUCCACUGGAAGGAUAAGGUAUUUAAACAAAGAAUAUCACGUGCGCGGUAUGACUGCAUCGGAAAUGGCUUUGAUAAAUUUGCUUUUUUUAACAGCUUGCAUCCGACUACACUACACAUUUUAGAAUGAGAGGUGCGCCAGAAAGAUGCGCACAUCCCUCGACUUAUCUGAUACCCGCGUUUAACUUUCUAGGGACAAGUCAAAUACUCGAUAGAUUAUUUCUAUUAUUCAUUACUCAUUUGCUUCAUCCGCAGUUCAGACAUUAUGUAUGUUUCUUGUAUUCAAAUUCUACUUAAGUCAGACAUUAAGACAGCCAAAUAAAUCAAAUGUACGAUAGGUGGAGGACUGAGUCAAACCACCUUAAAAGGCUCACCUAAGCUCAUUUUAUACACUCGGGGUACUUGGAGCCUGUUACAGAGAAAACAUCAGGUAUUAAGUCAGUUAAGAACGCAACAAUGCUAUAGAUCUGGGUCGAAGACAGAUAGAAACUUAUAGUUUAUGGCCCCACGUAGCCUUAUAAUAUACUACUAGGCCCAUUUUCUUGGUGCGCCUUGUUUGUAAACCAUUACUGGUAUUUGCAGACAGAUUGCCUGGGUGUAAUCAAGGAAUAACUUCAUUCUGUUUUUCUUCUUCCUCACUAGAUUUUUAAGGCCUCGAGUCCCCGCUUUAUGGAGAUCAUUUUACUGGGUGCUAUGCUAAUGUACUCAACGGUUAGUACUCAAACUAUAUCCCGUCGUCAACCUUUACCAUUCUUGCGGGUUAUGUUCUGCUCUCUAUAGUUACCUUCCUCCUAAACCCAUUUAUUAAGUAAUAAAGGUAGUACGCUCGCUCUGAUUGGCCGAGAGGCGUGUUUGCAUGAGAGUAUGUAACAUGGUUGUGACGUCAAGAUGUUUUGCUUUUUGGGCGGUAAUCAUGCAAACACGAAUUUGAAAUCGACAAUUUCACUUAAUUUACCCUUUUCUUCGUCAACCGAAACUUGGAAAAUCUUUACAAACAUGCUGUGCCAAUUUUGGUUUCGCUUAAUUUGACAUUUUAAGCGAGCAAAAUCCAUAUUUUUGAAAGCAUCUUUUUGCAAAACAAGAACUGAUUUCGCGCGUAAGACUUCGUGUACAAGACUUCGUGACUGGUAAGAAUUUCUCUCUUAAUCAGUGCCAUAACAAAGGCUUUGCGUUUUUUCUCAGAAAGUCAAUUUAUAAAAGCAAUAGAAAACUUUUACCUGUAUUUGCAUAGACUGAAAUAAACUCGACAGGGGUUGGGAGAAUUCGAGACAGUUAUCCAAACCCGAGACGAAGUCGAGGGUUUCUAUAACUGUCGUGGAUUCUCCCAACUCCUCUCGUGUUUAUAUCAGGCUUUGCAAACACGGAAAACGUUUUCUAUUGCUUAAAUAGCAAUGCAGUCGACCCUCCACUAAAGGCCACCUCUCCACAACGGCCACUUUUUUUUGUCCCACCGGACAGUCCAUACAUUGACUCUUGUUUAAAUCUCUUUACAACGGCAACGGCCAGUAAAGGGUGUCCCCAACUGCCAAAAUAACCUCUCGACAACGACCAGAUUUUCAGGUGACUGAUGAAAUGGGCAAAAAUGGUCGCAAAAUUUGAUCCGUAUAGCGCGAUGAUUAAUCGUGGCAAUGGUAUUUUUUAUUGUGCCAGGAACCCAAUCGUCUACCGUACUUAUGGCGAGUGUUGCGAACCAAAUGCUCGUUUUGCGUAUUUAGCAUUCGAAACAUUAUUCAAGUUUUUUUUGUUUUAUUUUAUCUAUAUACAUUGUAUAUGAUUGGAUACAGUAAGCAUGAACUCAGCACAAAACGUGUUGUACUCACUCAAAUAAAAAAUUCAUAUUACUCCCCUACCUUCUACCUUAGCGUAUUAGUAGUACUGUAGGGAACGAUUAGACACCUUUUCUGAGUGCCAAUCUCAUUAAUUUUUUAGGGAUACUUUAUCGUCGAUAAUGUCAUAGCCUUUUGUUUUCAUCAAUAAAGUCCGGAAAAUCUCAUUAAGAUAAGGUCAUGUGCUAUUUAUGGGUGGUUUAACCCGUUGGACAGGUUUUCUAAUUAUUUCUAGGUCGAUAGAUGUCUUGCCUUUUUGAUUGGUUGACUAAAAACUGAGAAAAGUGUUCAUUGGUUGAUUCGUGUUCAAUAAGCGUCAGUGAAUUGAAAUCACCGAUUCGUAACGUAGUCAUACAAGUUCUAUUUCUUGCCACUUUCAUUGUGCAACAAGUUUUUCCACUUGCGAUUCACUGAUUCUUGGCUUGCAAAUCGUGUAAAGUAGUGAUUUUGAAAACAAACUAGCUUUUUCUAGCACCAAAUCAAACUUUUCACUUACCCUUUCCUGUCUUCUACUAUUCAGUUACUUCGCUCCUCCUCAUUUUGUUUUAUUUUCCCUCCACCACCAUCACCACCUCACUUUUAUUGUUUUUCCACCACCAUCAACACUAAAUUUUUAUUUAAUUUUCUUCACCACACUAACAAAAGACUUCAAUUGUUUUCCCUAAAGCACCACCACCACCACCACAAUUUCUAUCUUCUCUACCAACACCAACACCACCACCAUAUUUUUAUUGUUUUCCCUGCACCACCCCUAUCAGGAACACAAUUCAGCUGUUUUCCCUAAACCACCACCACUCAUGUGUAUUCUUUUACAUCCACUGCCACCACCACCACCACCACCACCACCACCACCACCACAUUUUUAUUGUUUUGCCUCCACCACCAGCAACACACUGCAAGUUUUUCCUCUACCACCACCACCACAUUUCUAUUGUUUUCCCUCCACCACUCCCACCAGAAACACUCGCCAACUGCUUGCCCUAGACUACCACCACCACCCAUGUGUCGUGUUUUGCAUCGACUGCCAUCACCUCAACCACAUUUUUAUUGUUUUCCUUCAACCACCACCACCACCACGAUCAUACCCUGCAAGCAGUGGUUUCUCCAGGCCGGAAGCUACGCUACGAAGGGAGAGAAACCACUGCGAGCAUCCGUCAGCUUCUUUGAUCGAGCCGCUGUCCAGCCCUAUGGAGGAAUAAAUUAACUUUAAUCAUGUAAAUCCUGUUUGAAAGCAAGGUCAGACUCUCGCGUAUUUGCUUACGCUUACAAUUGCUGCCUUACCGCGAGCCUGCUGUGGAUAUUUAGUAUUUCUUUGGAUUAUUUAUUCCUAUCUACUCAGUUACUUUGUCAAAUGUAGGCGAACCCAAAUGGAGUUGAAUUCCAAGGGACCAUAUCCAAUUUCAAGAGCGAAAAUAAGAACAAAUUUCGUUGUUGCUUGUUUGCGUUAUCCAUAAAACGCAAAAUUAGGCAUUUUCACGUCGUGGUGGUGCAAAAAUAGCAAAGAAAUGCAAAAAUAAAAGCGUGAUGCAUGUGCAAAGUUGUUGUUUUGCUUAUUAAACCUAUUGUUUUGUUGAAGUUCUCGUUGCCGUCUUGUCGUUGGAUAUUCGUAGUCAUCACGUGGACGCACAUGCUCGAUGGAAAAGCAAACGGUUGCUCGCAGUGUUUCCUUUCCCAUGGAAGCAUAGCGUCCGGACUGGACAAGCCACUGCUCGCAGGGCACCACGAUCACACUUCUAUUAGUUUUCCUCCUCCACCACGUUCACAUUAUCUACCCCACAUUGACUCUAUAUUUGCCGUACAUCGCCCCCCACAUCAGCCCUACAUCGACCCUACAUCAAUCUAACAAUAAAAAGAGAAGAAGGAGGAGGAGGGGAAACAUUACAGAGAGUAAUCGAAUUAAUCAUUUUUUAUCACAGUUAGGUGUCCUUAUGAUCAAAAGUAGACGUGUCUUUGGUACUUUCUAUUCGCAGCUCAUCGUUUCGUACUUCAAACCCACCGACAUCAGCUGUGUUAUGAAACCUUGGCUGCAGCACAUUGGCUUUUCACUCGUUUAUGGACCCUUGGCUCUCAAAACAUGGAGGUAUUGCAAAAAAUCUGUUUAUUAACGUAAGAUUCCAGAAUUCUUGAUUUUUCUUAAUGAUACGAAAACUGCUAUUGGUUACACAUAAAAUGUUGGGAUAGGUAUUUUCCAGCAUCUGUACCCUUGCCUCACUUCUUCUGGCGAUACAGACAUUUGCGGUAUUUAAAACCAGUCCCAUAUUUCAGGUGGUGAUUGUAGAGUGAAUAAAUAGUCCGCCAUUAUGAGGAAGGUCCAAUGAUAGCUAUACAGUGACGCGCAGCCACUACAUUUUCCACGUAUACCGGGGGACCUGUUGUCAUUUUAAAAUUGUUCCAACCUUGAAUUAUACUGGAAAGCUCAUUUUUUAAUAGACUGCCUUUAUGGCUUGUAACAAAUAUAUUUCAACUGCGGAUGAAGUUAUGAAAGUAGAUCUGAUUGUUGCAGUUAAAUGAACAACCUUAGAACCCUCUCGAUGUUUUCUGUUCCUCCUUUCUUCGUAGGGUGGCAUUAAUUUUCCGCGUGCGUUCGGCUCAGAAGCUUGCACUUUCUGACGGGGUUUUGUUAAGACGCCUAUGCCUUCUCGUGCUGCUUUACUGCAGUUACUUGGCUGCCUGGACCGCAUUUCACCCACCCUUAGUUGAAACAGCACGGACAUCUGGUGACCUCAAAUAUGAAAGAUGUGUUGAAAAUUGGUUCAAUCUCACUCUAAUAUUUGGUAAGACCGGAAAAAAAUAGGGAAUAACAUACUUUGCGAAGACGUUUACGUUUAUUCAGGUAAUCCACAAAAGCAUACCCAUCACGUGGAUGUAAGAAAGAAAAAUAAUACUAAUGCAAAACAAAUAACAUAAACAAGAAAGUUUUAAAUGAAUCAAUAAAUUAAAUUAAUAAAUCAAUUCAUUUAAGAAUUGCCCAGGCCAGCCUUGAAACCUUUCAGGUUUGCUUGAGUAAUCACUUCAGCAGGUAGGCUGUUCCACAAGUUUAUCGUGCUGUGAAAAAAACUCCCGUACGCCUAAGUGCCACAGUUCACAGCAGUGUAUCUCAGGGGAUGGUACUGACGGGUUUUGCUGUAAUGUAGUGGCUGGACAUGUAUAUGAGGGCAUUGGGAUAGCUAACACACCCCUGAUUAUCUUGAAGAACAGCAUCAGCCUUGCUUUUCCGCGUCUCAUCUGUAAAGGCUCCCAGUUAAAUUCCUGGAUCAAACGCGUCACUGUCCCCGCCCGGUUCUCUAUCCCAGCAGUUCUCGCAGAAGCGCACCGCCUUGCACUGCGCAGCCUCUAUACUAUUAAUCUGGUACUUUUGAUGUGGCGAAAAUACAAAACCGGCGUAUUCCAAAUGUGGACGUCUGAAAUAGGAAUCGUUUGCGCGUAGGUAUAAUGCAGGGACAGGUUCAUUGGUGUGGCAUCGCCGUUUUUAGUCUUGUUGCGGGGAUGAUAUUAUGUUCUCACAAAAUCUGACAUGAAGUUUAACUGGUUUGAAUUUUUGCGUCAUGAAGCUGUUCAAAUACCUGUAGAGUCUAAAAUGCAUUCAUUUGGUUCGCAUUAGAUGGCAUACCCUCGCAAUGAUCAAAGUAUGUCCUGGUCUGUGAGAGAAGACCCGUCCCUCUGCAUAGUUCAAUAUCCAUGGCAUGACAUAUAUAUAUAUAUAUAUAUAUAUCUUAAUCACAAAUGAAGACAGAAAACAGUUUCCUUUCAAUCCACCUAUAUUUCGAUCACAUUCAGUGAUCUUCUUCAGGGUGACUAACUAGCCGUUAACGUACAGAACUUUUAAAUUGCUGAAUUACGAAGGUAACGCGCGCGCAUCACAACUGAAAUGACUAUUAUUUUAAACGUCUAACGGAAAAUGUCAUAGAUGACACUAUCAUCUCCUGCGCGCGCCCGCGCGCGUCUUUCGGUUCUGGGCGUAAAAACCAUCAUCCUCAUUAAGUCCUUGAGGGCGCAGCGUUCCCAAUCUAUACAUCCACUCUCCCUCCUUCUUCCGCAACUCCCUCUCUCCCAUGGCUCUGUCUAUUAACUGUAUAGUUAAAUGGCUUAAUCCUAAGUGUCCCGAACUAUGAAAAUGCUGGUAGAGAAAAUCGUCAUUCCUCUUAUUUUCAGAAGACAACUUGAGAUGGGCAUUGAUCCUACUUCUGUGAUUAUUGAACCCAGACCGUCAAAUUGUCAGUUCUCCAGUCGUUCUCUCGUAGUUAGUUUUGCUCGAUCUCGUCAAUAAGUCGUUUGUACGGUACUGGUAACUGUUGAUUUGAUGUUUCGUCUGUAAAUGCUAUUCAGCAAUGUGAUUGUUGACGUCCCAUUCCUCGUCGCUAGUUUGUGUUCGGUCAGUCGCGUGCUAAGGUUUCUGCCCGUUUCACCGAUGUAAGCAGCAUUUGAUCUAACUUGUAUACUGCUGCCUGUCUGUACUCCGGCUUGUCUUUGUCCUUGACAUUAGUAAAUUAUCUGUAGAUGGUGUUCAUUGCUGAACACUAUUUACAGACGAAACAUCAAAUUGACUGGGACUCUGCGACAUGUAUUACGUAUUCUACAGACUAGUAUCAACGACUUACUUUAGAAAGUUGGUUUACUAACUUAAAACAAACGCCACUGAAUCAAAGCCAACAGUUACCAGCACCGUACAAACGACUUAUUGACGAGAUCAAGCAAAACUAACUACAAGAGAAGGACUUGACAACUGACAAUUUGAUGAACAAUAGACGACUGUUUAAUUGUGACAAUAGACGAAACGAAACGCACUAAUUACUGAUUACGAGUCUUUAUAGCCAAUAACAUCACGGCUUAACUGACAGACGACCAAUAACAUUGCGACGUAAUUGACUAAUCAGAUCAAUAACCAGAGUAUGAUACCAUCAACUGACGUUAUACAACUCAACUUUGACUCCGAAGAUGACUACCGCACAGGUUGUCGAAAAGUCAGCCACUUUCAACAAGAACAGUCCUAUUCAGGACUACGUUCACCCGGACAAUCAAACCCAAAAAUUGGUUUAGCAAAUUGAAAACCACUAGACUAACUCCUCUAGCUAGCUAUUCAUUUGCCAACUGAGUGUCUGCUAGCCGUCUAAUUUAACUUAUCAUUACAGGAGAUAUGAUGGUGCUGAUCUGGGGAAUGUGGCUUAGUUACAAGAUUAGAAACGCCCCACCAGCUUACAACGAGAGUAAGAUGAUCAGCUGGGCCGUUUAUAGCGCCAUGUUUGUCACCAGUUUUCUCAUGGUUUUAAGGUCAGUAUUCUAAUUGUCUUGUUCUGAGCACCCUCGGCCAAUGUGAUGCAAUUAACUGGUUGGUACACAUCGAGACAGAACAAGCGAAAGAGUUACUGUCGCUAUCAUCUUAAGGAUUAGAUCAACUACACAUUCAAGGAUGUGAAGAGAUACUCACGGUUGGGUGAGUGAAAUAAUUUUAUGGAACCACACAUUACCCUGUAGCCUGCGAACCCAGACAUAUUUCCUUUCGUCGCUACUCUCCACCCGGGAGUAAAGCGACGACCGGAAAUACGCCUUCGUUCGCAGGCUACACGGAUUGCCGAUACUGACGGGGCAUUGCCUGGGAGACGCGGCGAGGCGUCUACUAUAUCGUGAUGACUUUUCAUUUUCUUAUUUCUCGCUUUCGUCCCGUGAUUUUAGGAUAACCACGAAAGGAAACACAAAUCCAGACUUGUUGUACGGGCUGGACUUUGUGCUGAUUCACAUGGAUUGCUCGACCGUGAUAGUUCUCAUGUUCGCUCAUAAGGUAUUGCUCUUGUACGCUCCAUAGAGUUGUGUCUUUGUGCUGUUUUGUGUAAGAUUGUGUACUUCCCAUAAACUUCUACGUCACUAACUCCCUACUGAAAAAGUAUAGUUAGCUGGAGAAUGCCCUUGGCAGCUUGGGGCGUGUGAUCGCGGUACUCCCCAGCUAAAAACACAAUGAACAAGUCGUAAGAAUUUGAGAGAUGUUUUCAACACGGUUAACACCAACGUUUUGGGGUUUUCGGGCAUCCGCUUGGAGGGGUUACUAGAAUCAUUUAUACUCUACUUUGGCGGAGUAUUGCAAGCAGCAGACUUAGUAGGACUCAUAAUGCUUUAUUAUUUUUUUUUAAGGUUUUUUUUUUCCUAAUAAUUUCUUAUCAUACUACCUAUGCCUCAAGUUUUUUUGAAGAAAAAAUUCACGUGCAGCACACACUUGAAUACAUAUUUCAGUGUAAGAUGUAUAAUUUUCCAGUCAGAGUCUAAAACGACAGCGGUAACAAUCUCCAUUUAUCCCUAGGAAGUUUUCCUUAUCCCAACGGGCAAUAAAUUUGGGCUUUCUGGAGAGUUUUGCUGUUGCUAUUGCUACAUCCCGGGUCAAACAAAUGGCCAAAAGUACUUUCAAAUACCAAGGACAACAGUUCUCUAAUGCCUGAGUACAAAGCCACUUUUUAGAAUUAUCGGAUCAAGAGAGAAUUGAUCGCAUACACUAACGGUCACACCUUCAAUUUGUUGUUAGUAUUUACUAGUACGCCGGAUGCAGAGAACAGUGAAUGACUGUACGUCGUCACAUAAUAAUAUGCUGGUUCCUGAGGAGGAGAUAGUUGAAGAACAAAGUGCCCAUCAGGAAGAACAGUCGCUGAGAAAAGAGAAUCAAGAACUUAAGGUACCCUAGAACGUUAUGGAUGAGAAUCAUUAACGCAGUAGCACUAGAGAAAGAAACAAGAGAGGCUGAGGGGGAGUUGAUGGAGAAAUAAGAUGGGUGCAAACGUUUUAGCUUUGAAAAGUUUGCUUUUCAAAAAUGUUUCUCUCUGAGCAAAUGAAUUUUUAGACAAAAUCAUGUCAGCUAAGCGAGUAAUUGGGUGAUUCUUUUCAAACGAAAUUUUGCCAUAGAUAAAACUUCACAGAGCGGUCUUGUUGUCUUGGUUAUGACUAUUAAUACCUUUGAGGUCAAUUCCUUUACAUGCUUUCUGAAGGCGGCGUCUUAUAAAGUCUGGUUUUCACUAGCGACGGAGUCGGAGUCGGAGUCGUAAGCGCGACGGAAUCGGAGUCAGAAGAAUCAGAACGUUUCUAUUUCUUCCGACUCCGCUUACGACUCCGUCACUUACGUUCCGCUUAUGAUCUAGUGAAAACCAGAUUGUCGGAGUUGGAAGCAGAAGCGGAAGGAUAAACCAAUCACAAUUCACGUUCCCACGCUUUGUGGUUGGUUUGUUUCUUCUGCUUCUGCUUCUGCUUCUACUUCCGACUCCGACAAUCUGGUUUUCACUAGGUCAUAAGCGGAACGUAAGCGACGGAGUCGUAAGCGGAAUUGGAACGCUGUUUUCACUAGAUCAUAAGCUCUACGCUUCUGAUUACGACUCCGACUCCAACUCCGUCGCUAGUGAAAACCAGUCUUAAAUAGUCAAAAGCCUGGUUUAAAGUUAAUCGCAUUACAAGCAGUACAAAAUUCCUAAAUCGCCAAAAACAAGUCUUCAAAGUACGAAAAACCUUCGAGUCACACUUUAAUAACAGAGCGGAGUGGGAAACACGGAAUGUGUAUCUAGAAGACUUUACGGUUUAUAAAGUAGUGUAAUCUGUUGUUUAAGGAAAUAAUGCGACUGUAAAACUUAAUGAAGUCACGUUUCUUUUGUAUGUAGGAAGAGAUGAGACGAUUAAGAGUCAAACUGGCUACGCUCCAGUCCACCUUAAUGAAAGAAGAUAACCAUCAUAUGAAAAAGCUAAGUGGCAGAGGAGGAUUCAUCCGUAGAAAGAGUGCUUUCACCUUGACACGUAAAGGAGCCGGACAUGUUCAGAGUAUGAAACGGCAUUCGCUUCAGUUAGCGCCCACACUACACGAUCCUUGCAAGGACGGACAUGAAAUCUCACGGGAGGGACCAAACAAGAGCGGAGAGUUGAGGGAUUGCAACUCAGAGCUUAUUCCAGAGUUUAUUGAAUUUGGUUGCGAUAUCCUUUGUCCUCAGGAACUGAACCGGUCUGCUGCGUUUCUGCAUUCUGACCGCCUACACAGCAGAAUCUACCAUCCCAGCGAACCAACAUAG